AUGGCGUUCAAGUUCAAUUGGCCAGAUUUUACUACUGAAUUUAUAGAACAGGCAAAACAAUUAUUAACAACAGCUUUAAAUAAAAGCAAUAAACCAGCAAAUAUAGUGGAUCAUAUAGUUGUAAAAGAUUUAAACAUGGGAACGAAGCCUCCUGAACUAGAGGUUAUGGAGAUUGGUGAAUUGGCAGUAGAUAAAUUUAAAGGAAUAUUUAAGUUGAUAUAUAGUGGUGAUGCACAUUUAACUUUACAAACUAAAGCAAAUCCAAUGAAUAAUAAUAAAUCAGAUGUAAGCAUAUAUACCAGACGUGGUAUUCUUGCAGCAGAUCAACCUCUUGUAGUGCCAAUGUUACUACGACUAAGUAAUUUGAAAUUACGCGGGAUAUUUGUGUUGGUGGUAAGCAAACAAAAAGGAAUUACAUUAGCAUUUAAAAGUGAUCCUCUUGAAAAAAUAGAUGUUACAUCAACUUUUGAUAGUAUAUCAACUAUACAAAGAUUUUUACAAAAUGAAAUUGAGAAAAGAUUAAGAACUAUGUUUCAAGAAGAUUUACCUUCUAUCGUUCAUCAAUUAUCUUUACAAAAAUUGUUCAAUUUUAAAAAGAAUACUUAA